GGCAAAGCUGAAAAACGAUUUGUUUUCACCGAGAGGAAGAAACGUCGCUGACGUUCAACGCUGCAGCAUCCUCUGAAAAAAAAGAAAAAAAAUCGGUUGUAACAUUAAUUCUAUAUCUGGUUGUUUUUCGGACAUCUCGCCAUGGCUCUGUGCGGGGGUGUCGGAGCCAUGGCUUUGCCCAGCGAGCUUAUCGUCCACAUAUUCUCAUUUCUGUCCGACCGAGACAAGCUCCGGGCCUCGGCCGUGUGCUCCCGGUGGAGGGAGUGCCUCUUCUACCCGGCCCUGUGGACCGAGCUCAAACUGCGGAUAGGCGGCUCCGACGAGACCUCGAAGCUCGAGUUCCUCAUGCGGAAGUUCGGUUCUUUUGUCCGCGAGCUGCAGCUGGAGCUCGCCCCGGCGGAAGGCCACCUCGUUCCGCUGAACAACGAGCCGUCAGCCCGGAUGGAGCAGCCUCUCGGUCACGAUGGCGACCAGCAGCCGUCGGAGCGAUGGAGGAGCGCCAUGGCCGCCUACUUGGACCAGAUGCUGUGCGUGUUCACCAGCAUCCGAAACAAUAGAAACUUGCAGAAGCUGAGUCUGUAUGGAGACACGUUUAUUCUUCAACAGGAGGGACUGUUGGACAGCUCUAACCUGCAUCAGAUUCACCAGGGAGACAAAAAGAUUAACGAAAUCCAGCAGCUGUUCAUGGAGCUGCUGUCCAACAGCAGACAGCUAAGAUGGUUAUCCUGCAGCUUCAUGCUGGGCCUGGUGACUCCCUGCUCCUUAGCAUGCCUGUCAAAUCCCUCAGCCGAGACCCUGCAGCACCUCAGCUUACUGGACCAUCAGCUAGGUCCCCUCAUCUCACCAUCAGAGCUGGAUCGUCUCUCCAACAUUCAUUCUUUGGCUUUGGAUUUUUCUGACUUCACGUCUGAGCUUUGUGGUCUGUUGGCGUCUCCUCGGCGAACUCCACUCCAUCGCCUCGCCCUGCUGCUCAACGGUGCUGCCCUGGAGUUUAAACCAUUGGAAGGGACAGCUACAGAGGACGACUGGAAGGCACUGGUACGUGUGAGUGCCAACCUGCGAGUGUACAUCAUGGCUCUAGAGGUGGACAGCUCUGAGCUCCUCAGGAUCCUAAAGCCCAGCCUUCCCCUGGAACGGAUUCAUCUCGACAGUUACAGUACGCUGGUUAGCGACGCCACUCUGGAGCUCAUCUCUCAGCAGUACAACAAAACACUGACUCACUUCCUGCUCCUGAGGGAUGGCUCCGACUUCCCCGACCUCAGCGUCAAUCGCAACGAAGACCCCCUGGUCCUACUGGCGUGGAGGUGCACUCAGCUGGCUGUUCUGGUGAUACAUGGUUACACUGUGUGGUCCCAUAACCUGGUGGCAAUCUCUAGACUCCGCGGCUCCAGCCUUCGUGUCCUGACCGUCUCUGAAGAGAGCAUCGACUUUGAUCCGGACCAGUCCCUGUACAUGGAGGGAGACCCGGUCCAUAACCUGGUGAAGGAGGUUUCGCUGGGCCUGAGUCGUGUCUGGCACCCUUGCUUGGACUCCAGCGGAGUUUUGUCUGAGCCCACCCAGCACUUCCACCGCGAGCUGCACGCCUUCUGCGUGGGGAUGUAGGCAAGAGGGGGCUAACCCAGCCCGACACAUCACAGCUGAAGCCCUGCUAAGACCAGAUCAGGCCAACCAAUUCAGGCCAAGUCAUUCCCCAAAACAGACCUGAGCACAGAUUUAGAUUUUCAUGAUUUAAAUACAUCUUUGAAUUAAUAUUAUUCCCUAAAAAUAAUCAAAUAAAGAGACAUUUAUUUAGUUGGAGGAAGUGCUUCUCUGUGACCUAACAAUUGGAAAACUAAAAAGAUUGUAAAACAAGUCAUACCCACUUGGCCUGGUCUGGUCUUUAUGAUAAAUGUUCGGUGCUUUCUUUCAUCCCCUUAAACCUUCAGAGCUUCUGUAAAAUGUAACUGAUUUGUUUUCUGUCUUUCCUUUUAUGUUUGUUUCCCAUGUCCCCCUGUUCUGCGUAUUACCGUUUUUAUUUCCUGUGUGGCAGUUACCUUGCCUGUAAAGGCUUCGUGUGCAUUUAAAUCCAGUUUUAUUAUCCUCCUGCGCACAGCUGGGACAAGGACAGGCAGGUUGAGUGAUAGAGCCAUGGCUGGAGUGUGUAAAUCAACAACUUCCUGAGUAGCCUUGUUCCUCUGAAAGACGAUUUUGUGCACUUACUCCAGAGCCUUGUCAACAGGCUGGGAAUGUGGCAAGCUGUGGCUAAUCAGUUUUGGUGAUUCAGCAGCAGGAUUGUGUUUAAAAAGGGGCAUUUUAAGGUCAAAAUGUUUUAUCGGCCCUGAGCACCCUACUGGUGGUACUGUGGAGAUUACUGUUACAGCCACUGCACUUCCCAUCCUGCUCAGUUUCUGGUGAACCUUGAUAGUUUGAUCAACUCUCAGAGCCAAACUAAAAAAAAAAAGCAAACAC